AUGAAAGCUCAACAAUCAGUUCAAAAUUCUUUCGAAAGCCGAACAACAAUUAGUAGUUCAUCAAAUACAUUAGUUGUUCCAAAUAAUAAUAUGAGUUCAUCAACAUCUGUUGUUGCUAAUACAAAUAGUUUAGAAGAACUUGUAUUAAAGAUUGUUCGUUAUGUUCGACAUUUAAAUACAAAUAUUGAAGCUAUUCCUAUACCAAUACAUGUUUAUCAACUUGUUGAAUUAAUGAUGAAAAGAUGA